AUGUCCGGAGGAGGCUCGGGCUGGCAGCCCCGGCAGGCGCGGGGUCUGGGCUCUAGAAGGCUGGGAAGCGGAGGGUACAUGUGUUGUAUUUGUAAACAAAGAACAUCCCCUCACAAAGUGCAUGGUUUUGUGCAGACGUCGAAGAAGAGGACUGGACCUAAAUGUUUUAGUCAUUAUGGAGAAAGACAAAAUGGCCUGUAUCUGACUUUCUCGGAAAAAACCUUGUGUCUUGGCAAACUAUCUUGCACACAUACUGAACGGUUGCAGAUCUUGCUGGACAUCAUUCGUCAGAACAAACAUCAGUGGCCCAUUAAAUCGGAAAGUUAUUGGAGUGUCAUGGAGAGCAUGAAUGGGUACACAGAGCCUGACCAAACUCCAUCUUCCAAUGUAUGUCGUGAACCAAGUGCUGAGACCUUCACUACAGAAGAAGGAAGUGGAAAAACGUUCCCCCAGCAGUUGCUGGGCAAAUCGCCAAUACUUGCCAAACAAGGGUUACCAGAAAAGAAAGAUAGGAAGAGAAAAACAACACUGUCGUCCAGUCUAGAUACGGAUGAAGGCUUCCUGGAAGAAAAUGAGAGUGUGCCAAGCAAGAAAUUCAAGAAAGAUUCCUUGAAAGAUCUAGAAAAGGAUGGAAGUUCAAAACAUGGACCUUCCCUCAGGACCGCCUCUCCUGGAAAUUCUCCCCUGGAUGAGACUGUUCUUUCUCCUCAGAGUGUGUCUGACAAAAGUCUGCUAUUGCCAUCGGUACCAGAACGAGCCCAGGACGACCCACAACACGAUCAAGACCAAUUGUGCCUUGACUCUCACCCAGAGCAACUGCAGCAGGGCUUCCCCAAUUUGGGAAACACCUGUUACAUGAACUCAAUUUUACAGUCACUCUAUGCAAUUCCAUCAUUUGCUGAUGGCUUACUAGGACAAGGUAUUCCAUGGGAGAACAUUCCUUCUGACGUGCUUAUCAUGCCUUUAAGUAUGUUGCUUGCUUUGAAAGAUAUUUGUAAUCUAGAGACUAGCCAAGACCUACUCAGAGAUAUUAAAAAUGCUAUCUCAGCUGUUGCAGAAAUAUUCUCGGGCAACAUGCAGAACGAUGCUCAUGAAUUCUUAUGUCAGUGUUUAGACCAGCUGAAAAGUGAUUUUGAAAAAGUAAACACCAUUUGGAAAACGAGGAGGGAGGCUGGAGAUGAAAAUUCACCUCCAGAGUUGCUUGCUGGUGAUGCUGCCACCAAAGUGUUUGUUUGUCCAGUUGCUUCCAAUUUUGAAUUUGAAUUGCAGGACUACGUGAUUUGCAAAGCCUGUGGUCAAGUUCCUGUCAUGAUAGAGCCUGAAGAAUGUGAGCGCCUCUGUGAAAUGUGUAACCACAAGAAGGCUGUGGUGAUGCAGAAAUUUGGCAGGCUACCCAGAGUCUUCAUUGUUCAUCUGAAAUGCUACAGUUUGAGUGACACUUACGCGCUAAUGAAGGAUGACCAACAACUGACCUGGCAAUCCAGUGACUCUUCAGUUCUGCAUGUGGCACCAGACGAAGAUGCUGAACAAAACACACCUCAGAGAAUUUGGGAAGCCAGGCCAAAGGAGCAGCAGCAGAGUGACCUAGCAAGUGGCUCAAAUCUGGAGUCCAAACUGGGCAACGCAAGAGAUAGGGAAGUCAGAGAAAUGGAGAUGCUGGCAGCUGCCUCAGUGAUGGAUCAGGGAGACAUCUCUCUUCUUAUGAACUGUGAAGAUGAAAGUAAUCCUAUAAACAACCCAGACAGAGGACUUGAAGAAGUUUGUUGUCAAGAGGAGCCUGAAAAUCCAGAACCCAAGGACGAUGAGAAAACCAGUACAUUGGUAGAGUUAGAUUUUGAUCAUGUUAGUGAGUCUUCAAAAGAUCUUUGUGACUACGAAAAACACAAGAUUUCAGAAGGAUUGAGAGGCGUGGUUGAGCAGCUGCACGAAUCUGUUACCAAAGACAUCGUGGGCAUGGAGAAAACCAUAGCUAAAGUCAAGGAACCAAAAGGAAGCAUGCAAAUGGGAGAUGCUCUUCAUUCUUACCGACUGAUCAGCGUCAUCAGCCACAUAGGGAACUCCCCGUGUGCAGGCCAUUACAUCAGCGACGUGUAUGACUUUCAGAAGCAGGCCUGGUUCACGUAUAGUGAUCUGAGGGUGGCAGAAAUCCCAGAGGCCAUGGUGCAGGAGGCAAGGCUGCACAGUGGCGGGCCCCUCCUUCGUCAGUGUCUGAGCCCCCUGUGCACCUUCCCCAGCGCGGGCAGCCACCCCCGCGCGCCUCUCUGCCGCCCCAGCCAGCACCCGCGGGGCCAGCACCACACAGCAGCCAUGUCCGGAGGCUCGGGCUGGCAGCCCCGGCAGGCGCGGGGUGUGGGCUCUAGAAGGCUGGGAAACGGAGGUCCGUUGGUGCUCUGGGGAUUUCUGUUCCCUUCCUCUCUGAGUGAGGAAAAGGUUUAUAUAGUUGUAAAGAUCGAGAAUGGAAAGCACGCUGCAAGGAAAAGAUAA